AUGACUCCAUCCGUGAUGGAAGUUUUCGUCUUUGGGGACCAAAGCACUCGCUUUGCACCUCCACUGAGAGACCUGCUUCUCAAAGGCAACAGUCCAUACUUGACACAUUUUGUUGAACAGGUUCAUGCUCUUCUCAGAAAAGAAAUCUCAUCCUUGCCAGUAACUCAGCGGAAGCUUUUCCCCAACUUUGCCGAUAUUCAAGAGCUCGUCUCCAAGUCAGAUUGGGGCAGUGGUAAUCCUGCUUUGGCAAGUGCUUUGGCAUGCUUCUAUCACCUCUGCAGUUUCAUACACUUCUACGAUGGACAAGGACGCACCUUUCCUCCAGAGAAUAGUCGCAUUAUUGGACUUUGCGUUGGAUCGCUCGCUGCCGCUGCUGUCAGUUGCUCAAGGUCAUUGAGUGAACUGGUAUCAGCUGGCGUGGAUGCCGUUCGCGUGGCGUUAUAUGUCGGAUUGCGGGUAUGGCGAACUACCUCGCUUUUCGAUACACCAGAGAGACCCUCGGCUACUUGGUCUAUAAUCGUUCCUGAAACGGUGCUUCCAAGAUCGUCAGCUCAAAACCAGUUGGAUUCAUUUAACAAUGAGUUUGGACUUGCUCGAUCAUCUGUUCCUUACAUCAGCUCAGUGGCACACCAUAACAUGACCAUUAGUGGCCCGCCAUCUGUUCUUGAAAAGUUCAUUCACACGAUAUCAUCAUCGCCCAAAGAGUUUCUACCAGUCCCCAUCUAUGCUCCGUACCAUGCCAGCCACCUUUACAGCCAGGACGAUGUGGAUGAGGUUCUCAAUCUGGCUGCACCUUCUUUUGCAUCAGAGUCCAUCAUUCCCCUCAUUUCAGGCUGUUCUGGGGAAGAAUUCCAGCCCCUGAGCUAUACCGACCUCCUCCACUGCUGUGUGACUGACAUGCUCAUACAACCGCUAGACCUUACUAAGGUCUCGCAAGCAGUGGGCCGGGUCAUGAGUAGCCCGUCAUCUAUACAGGCUAUACUGAGACCUAUAGCGACCAGCGUCUCUAACAGUAUAGUCUCUUCUUUGGAGCCAACGCUAGCAGAAGGAUGCGCCGUGGACAGCAGCAUUAGUCCCUCGGCCUCGACAAGUCACUCAUCAACAAAACAGCAGCCCGAGACAUCAAGCAAGACCUCCAAGAUCGCGAUUGUUGCUAUGUCCGGUCGCUUCCCAGAUGCAGCUGACUUGAGUGAAUUUUGGGAUCUCCUCUACGAAGGUCGCGAUGUUCAUCGAAAAAUACCUGAGGACCGGUUCAACGCAGAGCUCCAUCACGAUGCCGCUGGGCGGCGUAAGAAUACCAGCAAGGUCAUGAACGGUUGCUUCAUCAAGGAGCCGGGCCUGUUCGACGCCAGGUUCUUCAACAUGUCCCCGAAAGAAGCUGAACAGUCUGAUCCUGGUCAGCGAAUGGCGCUCGAAACAGCUUAUGAGGCGCUUGAGAUGGCUGGUAUCGUGCCAGAUAGAACGCCUUCAACUCAGAGGGAUCGUGUAGGUGUGUUUUACGGCAUGACUAGCGACGAUUGGAGAGAGGUCAAUAGCGGUCAGAAUGUGGACACAUAUUUUAUUCCUGGUGGCAAUCGGGCAUUUACUCCUGGCAGACUCAAUUACUUCUUCAAGUUCAGUGGACCCAGCGCCAGCGUCGAUACAGCUUGCUCCUCCAGUCUCGCUGCCCUGCACUUGGCGUGCAAUGCCCUCUGGAAAAAUGAUUGUGAUACAGCCAUUGCGGGUGGGACAAAUGUUAUGACCAACCCUGACAACUUUGCUGGCUUGGACCGAGGCCACUUCUUGUCCAGGACCGGUAACUGCAAUACCUUUGAUGACGGUGCAGAUGGAUACUGUCGUGCUGAUGGCGUCGGAACUGUCAUACUAAAGAGGCUCGAUGAUGCUGAAGCUGACAAUGACCCUAUUCUCGGGGUCAUUCUGGGCGCUUAUACAAACCACUCAGCCGAAGCGGUAUCCAUUACCCGGCCGCACGCCGGAGCUCAAGAGUACAUCUUCUCCAAGCUCCUUCGUGAAUCGGGCGUCGACCCCUACAACGUCAGCUACAUCGAGAUGCACGGGACAGGCACACAAGCAGGCGACGCAACCGAAAUGACAUCCGUCCUCAAGACCUUUGCUCCUACUAGUGGCCUCGGCGGUCGUUUACCUCAUCAAACCCUUCACUUGGGUUCAGUCAAGGCGAACGUCGGACACGGUGAAUCUGCGUCCGGUAUUAUUGCUCUGAUCAAGACGCUGCUUAUGAUGCAGAAGAACAUGAUCCCGCCACAUUGCGGUAUCAAGACAAAGAUCAAUCACCAUUUUCCCACGGAUCUUACCCAGCGCAAUGUCCAUAUCGCUAAAACGCCAACAUCUUGGACAAGAUCAGGACAACGAGAUGAACGCAUUGCUUUUGUCAACAACUUCUCUGCAGCUGGUGGAAAUUCGGCUGUCCUAGUGCAAGAUGCCCCUCAGCCAUCGAUGGUUGGAAAUAUCACAGACCCUCGUUCAUUCCACGUUGUUACCAUGUCUGCUAAAUCAGCAGACUCUCUCAGAAGGAAUCUCGUCAAUCUGAAGGAGCUUGUAGAAGGCCAAGUUGACUCGGGCAUCGACUUCCUCGGCAAGCUGUCCUAUACGACCACUGCCAGGCGUAUGCAUCAUCAAUUCCGAACUUCAGUUACAGCACAGAAUCGUGAACAGCUGCUUAAAGGCCUUGACUCCGCCAUUCAGCGCCAGGACUUGAAGAGAGUUCCCGCUGCCGUGCCUCCUAUCGGCUUUGUCUUUAGCGGUCAGGGCGCCCAGUACCGUGGCAUGGGCAAGGAGUACUUCAAGAAUUCCACUGUCUUCCGCUCGGAGAUCAUGUCCUACGACAACAUCGCUCGAGCCCAGGGAUUCCCUUCCAUUCUCCCACUGAUCUGCGGUGAGGUGGAAAGUGAUUCGUUAUCUCCUGUUGAGAUCCAGCUUGGUUUAACGUGCUUACAGAUGGCACUGGCCAAGCUAUGGAGAUCAUUCGGCGUCGAGCCAAGCUUUGUUCUUGGACACAGCUUAGGUCACUAUGCGGCUUUGCAAGUUGCUGGUGUUCUAUCCGUCAAUGACACCAUUUACCUAACUGGCACGAGAGCACAGCUACUCGUCGAUAAGUGCCAGGCAGGCAGCCACUCAAUGCUGGCAGUGAGAGCAUCCUUGCUGCAGAUCCAACAGUUCUUGGAUGCCAACAUUCAUGAGGUUGCGUGCGUGAAUGGGCCACAAGAAGUCGUCAUCAGCGGAAGAGUUGCCGACAUUGACCAGCUGGUUGACCUAUUGUCUGCCGACAACAUCAAGGCGACACGCGUCAAGGUGCCAUUUGCCUUCCAUUCAGCCCAGGUUGACCCCAUUCUCUCGGACUUGGAUGCGGUGGCAUCGCGCGUCACCUUUCACUCCCCACAGAUUCCUGUUCUCUGUGCGCUUGAUAGUUCUGUCAUCAACCCUGGGAACCAUGGUGUCAUUGGCCCGCUUCAUCUACAGCGUCAUUGCCGCGAGACAGUCAAUUUUGAGGGUGCUCUGCAUGCUGCGGAGCGCGACAAGAUCGUCAACAGGACGUCAACACUUUGGAUCGAGAUUGGGCCUCACGUUGUCUGCUCAGCCUUUCUCAAAUCCAGUCUUGGCCAAGACACUAUGACUAUCCCAUCGCUUCGGCGAAACGAGGAUUGUUGGAAGGUCCUAGCUGAUGGUCUGAGUAGUCUUUACAGUAACGGCCUGACAAUUGACUGGAACGAGUUUCACCGUGACUUCAAAGCCUCUCACCAGGUUUUGCGCCUUCCUUCCUACAGCUGGGAGCACAAGAAUUACUGGAUACAAUACAAGUACGAUUGGUCUUUGACGAAAGGAGACCCUCCCGUCACUCCCAGCAGCUCAGUGGAGGCGGCCUCAGCUUUCACAACACCCUCGGUCCAAAAGAUUCUACAGGAGACUUCACAUGAUCAAUUGUUGACUAUUGUUGCUGAAACAGACCUUGCGAGCCCUCAAUUAGCAGAGGUUUCUCAAGGUCAUCGGGUCAACGGCGUCAAAGUCUGCACAUCUUCUCUGUAUGCUGAUGUUGGCUUGACACUGGGUAAAUACAUAUUGGACAACUACCGCACCGAUUUAGAAGGUUAUGCGGUCGAUGUUCACGGUAUUGAGGUUCAUAAGCCACUUCUUCUCAAAGAAGACUUGAGAGGAACACCUCUGUCUACGCCAUUUCGGGUCGAAGUACGAUACCCCAUCCAAAGCACUACAGCGCUAAUGAGUAUUUCCACCACCGGUCCGAACGGUCAGCACAUCAAGCACCUUGAUUGCGAACUUCGACUCGAGCAUCCAUCACAGUGGGAAGCGGAGUGGGAUCGCCAAGCGUACCUCAUUAAUCGCAGCGUCAACUACCUUCAACAACGAUCAGCGCAAGGCUUGGACAGCAUGUUGGCGACUGGAAUGAUCUACAAGGUGUUCUCAUCUCUUGUCGACUAUUGCGAUGGCUUCAAGGGUCUACAGGAGGUUGUCUUGCAUAGUCAAGAGCUCGAAGGUACAGCGAAAGUGCGCUUUCAAACUCCACAAGGAGGCUUCGUCUGUAACCCCAUGUGGAUUGACAGUUGUGGCCAGACUACAGGAUUUCUUAUGAACUGUCACCAAACUACACCCAAUGACUACGUCUAUGUUAAUCAUGGCUGGAAGUCUAUGAAAUUGGCCAAGGCGUUCCGCCAAGAUGUCACGUAUCGGACUUACAUCCGGAUGAGGCCUAUCGAUGGCACUAAGUUCGCUGGUGACUUGUAUAUCCUUGAUGAGGAUGACACUGUGGUUGGUGUCUAUGGUGAUAUCACAUUCCAAGGCUUGCCACGUCGGGUUCUCAACACAGUCUUGCCUUCUGCCACCACGGUUCCAGUUGAUGCUCCUACGGGUCGACGCGAGUUACCUCCAUCAAGGAUGGAUGCGCCCCCCGCUAGAAUUGGAGAAGUACCACCGACUUCAGCACCCACACAACCAGCUCUCUCGUUGCCAUUCGCGGCCGACUCAUCCAUGAACACCCGAUUGAGACCGCUUCUGCGCAUUUUGUCAGAAGAGAUUGGUCUCACUCUUGAUGUUCUUUCUGAUGAUGAGCUCGACUUUGCGGACCAUGGUGUCGACUCACUUCUCUCGUUGACCAUCACUGGUCGCAUGCGCGAGGAAUUAGGUCUUGACGUUGAAUCUUCGGCAUUCUUGACCUGUCCCACGCUAGGCAGCUUCAAGACCUUCCUGGGUCUUUCAGAGCAGGACAACAAGAGCAGCUGUAGUAGUGAUGGCAGUGGUAGGAGCAGUCCACCACCCGGUAUCGAGUCUGGCGCCACUACACCACCGAUGAGUGAUGAGGAACAGGACAAAGCAGUCCGCAGUCAUUCACUUCACCAGUUCCAGGCCACUUCCACCCUUCUACAGGGCAUUCCCAGUAAAGCUCGCUCGACUCUGUUCCUACUGCCAGACGGUUCGGGCUCUGCUACAUCCUACGCUUCCCUCCCUCCAAUCUCUCCAGACGGAGACGUUGUUGUAUACGGAUUGAAUUGCCCAUGGCUAAAGGACGCCGGCUACCUCGUCGAGUUUGGACUCAAAGGUCUGACAGAGCUCUAUGUCAACGAGAUACUCCGUCGCAAGCCACGGGGGCCAUACAACUUGGGAGGUUGGUCAGCCGGUGGCAUUUGCGCCUAUGAGGCUGCCCUGAUCCUUACCAGAUCAGGUCACGAAGUGCAACGCCUCAUCUUACUCGACUCUCCCAACCCUGUUGGUCUUGAGAAGCUGCCCCCUCGCUUGUACGAUUUUUUGAACUCGCAGAAUGUCUUUGGAUCGGACAACCCCCACAGCACUACAGGAACGAGUGCCAAAGCUCCAGAAUGGCUUCUUGCACAUUUCCUAGCCUUCAUUGAUGCUCUGGAUGCUUAUGUCGCUGUACCUUGGGACUCUGGUCUUGUUGUUGGUGAUGGUUUGGCGUCACCACUCCCAGCACCACCGCAGACAUAUAUGCUGUGGGCAGAAGACGGAGUGUGCAAGUGCCCAGAUGACGCUCGUCCAGAGUACCGCGAUGAUGAUCCACGUGAGAUGCGAUGGCUGUUGGAGAACAGAACAAACUUUGGUCCGAAUGGUUGGGAGGCGCUACUUGGCGGCAAAGAGGGGCUAUCCAUGGAACGAAUUUCGGAAGCGAACCAUUUUACAAUGUUGAAGAGAGGACGCAAUGCGGAAUAUGUCUCACAGUUUUUAUCUCGGGCAUUGGAUAUUUAG